AUGACAGCCCUCGGUUUGGAGGAGAUUCAAAGGCAUAACACCAAUGAUGACAUUUGGAUUAUUUUACACGGUGUUGUCUACAACGUUUCUAAAUAUCUAGAGAACCACCCAGGAGGGCCGGAACUACUACUCGAGGUAGCUGGCCAAGAUGCCACCAAGUUCUUUGAGGAGGCUCUCCAUUCUGAAGAUGCUCGCGAUAUUCUACCUAGGCUAAAGGUGGGAAAUGUGGAGGGAUAUCGGAGACUGGACGAAGUCUCUGAUUCCAUCUUGAUUGUGGGGGCACAAGCUGCGGCAAAACGGGCAUCCCCAGCGAAUGUUGUUAUACUGGUGGCUGCGCCACUCGUUGUUGCAACCUUCCUUGGUUAUCAUGGCGAUGAGCUGCAAAGCUUGCGGUCGGCCUUGGCACAGGCUUUGACUGACGCGCACCCCCUGUGGUUUUCUGGGGUGAUCCUCUUGAUACUAUGCCUGGCAGGUCUUGGCACGUGGGCAAGUUAUAUUAUCUAUGUCGACUAUGGUGACUUGAAAAAGUUUCCAUCCCACAUUCGUAUCGAGUAA